ACGAGCGCGUGCCAUGCGCACGCGUGCGCAAUCCAGAGCUGCCUGCAAAAGAACACGUUCCAGCAGGACAAGUGCGAAGGCCUGAUCGAUGCAUUGUAUCGAUGCUGUGCGCGCUUUUACCGCUCGCACGGCACAGAUGCCAAGCAGCCCGACGCUUGUCCGAAACCGGCCGAGCUGAAGAAGAAGCUGGAGAAGAGG